AUGGGUUAUGAAUCAUCAUUUAAGAAAUUCAUUCACAAGAGUGACAAACUCUUCAUCCUUGAUCACUUUCCGACUCCAAACAUCGGAACUUUUGGAGUCCCAAGUAAGUUUGAUCAAAUCAAUCGUUGUCUACGUGAUGUGCUCAAGCGUGGGGUCGUGGAUCUUUAUCUGUGGAUAAAUGGAAAACAAGGAUAUACACUGCCUUUCGAAGUUUUCACUUGCGAGACAAUUACUAAACUUUCACUAGGGUCUAGUUUUGCUAUUGACAUUCUCCCCGAGAAUGCUCUUCUUCCAGCGCUCAAGACUCUCUCUCUUUAUUACAUUCGGUUCUAUGAGUUUGGUCGUUGUGCGUUCAAAACGCUUCUUGAUGCGUCUCCUGUGCUCGAGGAACUAACCGUGUGUGGUGUAAACUGGGAACUUUGGAAAUGGUCCCGCACUGUGUCUCGUUCUAGCCUUAAGAGACUUACUAUAAUGCGUAAACAGUGGGAUGCUUUUGAUGAUUCUGAUUUUAAUAGCAUUAGUUUUGAUACUCCGAGUCUUGCCUACUUAUAUUACUCUGAUUAUGUUCCUAAAGAGUAUCUAAGUGUUAAUCUCGACUCCCUUGUUGAGACUAAGCUCUAUCUUUGUCCGGAAGAAAAUUAUAUGUGGGGUGAAGGAGAUGAAAAACGUUUCAAUCCAAUGAAUCUGCUUCAUGGGCUAAAAAAUGUCGAGACUCUUAACUUGUACACUAUCAUGACUGCAAAGAUGUUCUAUGUCUUCCGUGAAGCACUCCCAGUGUUUGAGAAGCUGUCUCAUUUAACUGUUAACCUCUCUAACUUCUGUUGGUCUUCUAUGCCAAUGCUGAUCAAGAAAGCUCCAAAUCUAAAGACUCUCAACAUCAACGGUCCCUUGCACAGUUGCACUAUGAGAGUUACUAUCGUUGUGCAGGAGAUAUUGUUUGCGAGUGCGUGGCAGAGUAUUCUUUCCUAGUAUCAUGUCCUUUGGAAGUCCUAAAGAUAACCGAGUACUAUGGUUGCUUUAGAGAAUUGAUGCAAAUGAAACAU